GGACCUUUCGAUCGAUCACGUCACGUACGUCUGCUGCGCCUUUUGUAGAUCAAUCAUGGGCAGCAAAAUUGUGGGAAGAAAUGAGAUAGUUUACAUUUAUUUACAUUUCGAAUGUUGACAUUGUUUGGAUGAUAUACAGAGAUAAAACUUUGACUGUAAGAAGGGAAACAAACAGAUCCGAUAUUGCCAAAUCUAAUUGGGAGUGUUCCCUGGCAUCUAGUAGACAAUAAUGGCAGAACAGUCUCCUCCAGAGUUUAAGGAUUGCCAGGAAGAGGGUGAACUGCCUGAAGGGAUUGAAAUUGAAACUGAAGCAUCCGAAAGAUUGAGUGGAACUGAACCGAGGCAAACUUCCAACCAGGUUCAGGAUCCACCUUUGAGGAAAAUUGAUUUGGAGAAAGUGGAAGAGCCGGUAUCUGGAACGGUCAAAUUCUUUGACUGUGAUGCUGAAGAUGAAGAGGGGCAGCAGGAGACUGUCAGAGAUGCUGCCAGUAUUAGAAUCGCAGAUAACUAUCCCACCAUUACAAAAGGUGCAGAAGCAGUCGUGACUGCGAUAAAUGAAGCCGGUGAUCCGGGCAUGGUGAACGAGAAAGGAUGGAUGUUGGGAGAUGACGAUGAUAGGAUGCAAGAGGAAGAAUUCAGGGAAGCUAAGGACAACAGAUCUAUCCUUCAAGAUAAUGAUAACAAUGGUGUGGCGAACAGGAUUAUCCAAGGAGCAGAGAAUAGUGAAAUUGUUGAUCACGGUAUUAAAAAAGAUCUUGAGAGAGCUUCAAGCUUCCAGAAAGGGUCGGGAGAUGGUGUUAAACCAGAGGAUGAAAAGGAGGACAUGGAGCUGCUACUUGUUGCAGCACGACAUGGAGAUGCAUCAGGGGUACAUAAACUGAUCCAGAAAUACGAGCAAUGUGACACGAGCUGCAAUUUCAGUGUUAAUUGUAAAGGUCAACAAAAAUCAAAUCGAGGUUGGAGUCCACUCCAUCUUGCUUCUUACUUUGGUCAUGAGAAGGUUGCGUUGGUUCUGUUGAGUAACGGAGCUAACAUCAACUCAAUGAAUCCUAUGGGAGAUACCCCUCUUCACAAAGCUGCUUAUAUUGGCAGAGAGGACAUAGUGCAGCUGUUAAUAGAGCAUGGUGCUGACGUCUUUGCUAUCAACGGAGAAGGCAUGUCGCCCAAGGAACUAGCACUUGGACCAGAAGUCAAGAGACUACUCGAAGGUGCUGAACAAUCACAGCAGCUUAAGUCCCACCAAACUUUACUCCAUGCUGCAUCAGAUGGGGACAUUGAAAUCAUGGCAAAAGUGCUAAAAGGCCCAAGGCCCCCUGACAUAAAUUGCACAGACGCAAGUGGAAAUACUCCUCUCCACCGGGCUUGUUACAGUGAUCAGCGAGAGGCGGCCAUUUUCUUGCUUCAGAGUGGGGCGAAGGCUGAUGUGAAGAACACCAAGGGUCAAACGAGCCUUGACCUUGCCCAGUCGUACCACAUCCGACAGCUGGUCAGCCUUCGUCCAGUAAAGGUGGUUCAGAGCUAUGUCAAUAAGUUUGAAGGACCGCUUUAUAGGGCUGGUUUGAUGAGAAGGCGACAUCUUUGGGUGGUACUUGACCAGGGUAUGCUGAGCUAUUACAGGAACAGGGCUGAUGCAUAUACAGGAUUGAAGAGACAGGGCUGCAAAAGUCUGGAGCAUGCCGAUAUAAAGAUCAAUGUUGAUAAUGAUUAUAUGUUUGCUGUGAGGUACAAUGAAGGAUCGACUCAUCUCUGGAUGCUAGAUGAAAAAUUCUCCAAAGACUUGACAAGAGAGAAAUGGAUAUCGGCUCUGAGGGAGCAUCGAUCCUACAGUGAGAGAUUGGCUAGUUCCUGCAUCAUUGCCGACUCUGAUUCGGAUGAUGACGAGGAAGGAGAAGAUAAGAAGAAACUCCUUGCCUUGAGCUCCAUCCAAGAUACAUUGAAGAAUGCUCAAACACGACACCACCUCUUGGAGGAGAGCAUCAGAAAUCUUUCACAAUGGAUGGAAGGGUUCAAAGGCAGCACAGAUAACAGUAUUAACAUUACAGAGCUAACCAAACGGCUGGAAGGCAUUGUUGAUAGAUCUCACGAAGCUUGUAGCGCCCUCUCUAGUUGUAUGGCUGUGGUGUCCGGCCAGGAAGAGGUAUGUAUUGUGCAUGAAAAAUAUUAUGUCAAUCUUUAUCACUGAUAGCCGACUCUUAGUCUUAUUCAGCUCUCCUUUAUUUAAAGGGGAAAUAUGUGGCAGAUCUUGCUCUGACUUAUCAAUACAGCAAAAUGGUAAUCAUUAUUUCAGUUGCUUCUGUUCUGCUUCCGAAUAUUUCCACAUUCAAAUGUAAAUGCAGAAUAAUAAUAAUACCAAUAUGCUUAUAUAGCGCAUAUCACUGCCAAAUGCAUCCCUAUGCGCUUCUUUGGAUAUUAUUACCCUGGAUUUAGCCCCGCAGCCUUUUACAGCACGGUGGCAUUUCAAGGAAUGAAUUCCUGCCGGGUACCCAUUUACCCCACCUGGGUCGAGUGCAGCACAAUGUGGAUACAUUUCUUGCUGAAGGAAAUUACGCCAUGGCUGGGAUUUGAACCCACGACCCUCGGUUUCAAAGUCCGAAGACUAAUCCACUGGGCCACAAGGCUCCACAUUAAAAUGUAAAUGCAGAAGCCUGGGAUCGUUUCAUGGAAGGACUUGUUGGAUGUUUUAUCCAACAGUUACCAUAGUGACACAGAGCUGCCAAGUAGUACGAUUUUUCCGUAUUUAGUACGUUUUUGCAACCAAAAUACGGCAGUACGUUUUUUCUUUAAAAAAUAUGUUUUUUGUAUAAAAAAAAAAAAAAAAAAAAAAAAAUUUACAAAAUCGAAAUUUAUUGAGAAAAAUCAUCUCUAUAUGUCUCUAUUUCAUAAAACGUACACAAAUAUGGUUAUUAGAUCAAUGUAAUUUCAGGUAACUUUUUUUUCAUUUUGUAAAAACCAGGGUGAGAUAUACAAAGUUUCAAUGUUUUUUUUUUUUUUCAUCUGCAAGAGCAGUGCACAUUUUAGCUUGCAUGCAGCUUGAGCGCCGUGAUGGGCGAGUGCGCCAAGCAUUUUAUAAUGAAAUACACUUUUUUUGGGAAAAAUACAAAAUAUUUAUCUCACACGGUAAAAAGACUGAUUUUUUUGUCAAAAUACUGAUUUUGGGGGAUAAGAAUACUGAAAAUGCAAAAUACAACUUGGCAGCUCUGGUGACAGAGCUUUUCAGCCAGUCAAAAUCAAGGGAAGAUGUCAGAUCCAACAAAAUUGUCGGUAGAAAAUGUUUAUGAAACACUCUCCUCGGCCACGUAGCAUAAUGCUCAGUGAUUGAUCAUGGGGCUAACUUUAAUGAUCGAUUGCAUUGAUCAUUGUGUAUGAUCAAACAUAAAAAUCAGUAAUAGGAUCGAUCGCUAUGCUCUAUGUUAUAGGGCCCAGGUGGGUGUUUCAUAAAGCUGUUUGUAAGUUAAGAGAGUCUUUAAGAACGACUGGUGAUCCUUUCUUGUGCAAAAUGGUAUAUUCAUUGGCGAUGGUUAAGCGCGUAAGAAAG